ACGCGAUAAACAAGGGGACCAUCCAAAAUGGCGACCGCCGAAACCUAGUAGCCGCGGAUGGCGCGCCUCAAAAUGGAACCAAGAUGGUGGGAGCCAUUCGGAUCGAGAGGCUCGAACAAGAUGGCGCUUGGGUACUAAAUUACCCGGAUGUGGAAGGCGGGAACAAAUAUGGCGCGUUACUAAAUCCCUAUGGGGCCUGUCAAGACAACUAGUGGUUCCAAGAUGGCGGCCAAAGCUCUCGAGAAAAGGGUACACCCGUCUCUCAAGAUGGCCACUAUCUGCUGUCCGAGGAGGACGUGCCUACUCAAGAUGGCGGGUGGAAACUUCUCGGAGUUGCUAGGAGACCGAAUUAUGGCAGCAGCAACGUGAUGCCUCGGCAGUAAAUACUUCGUACUUUGAAGAACAGGAUGUCUUGCGAGGCUGAGCCCAGGGGACCAUCUCGUCUGAAGCGUGGCUCCUGCUAUCCCCAUGGUUACAAAACAGCAGAUCUUGGAAGGAAGCACUCUUCGCCACCUUCUCCCACUCCCCUCCGUCCAGUGAUGUCACCAGCAGCCAAUCCUGCCACUGCAGCUGUUUCAUAACUGCAAACACUGGAACCAGCGUGACUUGUGCGGCUGCCAAGGCUGGGCCUGUGAUUGAACAUAGCCAACAAAGUCCAGCGGAGGAGGAGAGUGUGCUGGGCAUAAGAAAAAAAGGCAUGUAAAAGAGCACCAAUGCCCACAACAUCAUGAAUCUCUAUGCAUGCUGAGAGUGAGAGGAGAAUCGAAGUCCACGUUGGGACAGGAAAUGCAAACUUGCAAACCUGCCAGAGAUGUGUCAAUCACUUUAUAGCCUCGCCUCACUUUGUGUGAAAUCAGCAUCGGCAGGACAGGAAGUUAAAAUACACUUUUUAAAGCAGCAAGUGACCCACCGAACAAGCAGCAGGAGCUGAGCAGUCAUGCUGAAAGAGCUGGGCCAGGCUUUGGAAAGAGCUGGCAUAAAACUAGAAAGCAAGAGAGAACCUGCCUUGCAAGUGGCUGGAGGUUUGGUGCUUUGUGUGGGAAUUGUGGCUUCUGGAAUCCUGGAUGAUGUUCAGACGGAGAUCGGGUAUGGAUACUAUGCUGAACCAACCAUGCCACAAUUGCCAGCUAUCCUGGCUAUGCCUGCCAAUUGCUUAGUCAAUGUGGCCUAUGUACUUCUGGGUUGGUACUGGCUGCCUUCAUGUGACAAGAAGGGACAGACUUACUACUACUUCCAGGAGGUCUUUGCUGUCAUGGCACUUGCCUAUGGACCUGUGCAAUGGGUCCGGCUCUGGACACAGCAUCAUUGGGCAGCUGUCUUAGACCAAUGGUUGACAUUGCCAAUUUUUGCUUGGGUUGUGGUCUGGUGCCAUUUCCUAGAGCAGGGAUGGAAACCCACCACCUUUCUGGCCAUGGAAGUGGCAUCAUUGACAAGCUACGCUCUGGCAUUGCUUUACCCCCAAGGUUUUGAGCUAGCAUUGGGCGGACACAUAUUCAUAGUUGUUUGGAGAGCAUGGAAAGUGCAGAGGCAUUUGGGUAAUGCUGCAUCUUUCCAAAUCAUGGCAUUGGGGAUUGCCUCUUGCCUGGGUUUUAUAAGCCUCAAGCUGUGGGACCAGGAUCUGGCACAGUGGGCACUCUUCCAACGGUUCACUGGCCAUUUUUGGUCCAAAAUCUGUGAUGUACUGCAGUUUCAUUGUGCCUUCCUUUUCUUGACUCAGUUGAGCAGAUGACAGCUCAGGUCUCUAUGAAUUAAUCCAUCAUUAAUGGUAUCACUCAAGGACAUACUAAUUGUGCCAUGGCAGCAAGAUGUAGUAUGACUGGACCUGAAAGAAUAAACACUGCUCCCAUAAAUGUA